AUGGAUGCUAAGCAGUUAAAGACUUUUGAUUCUCUGCCCUCAGAGAAUCAUUCAGUGAACAGUGGCACCGGCAAACCCAACAACUGCCUGGGAGAAGACUCUAGGGUGACAAGCAGAAAAAGGAAGGGCGGCAUUGAUCACCCAGAGCCAAACAUUAAAAGGCAGCGGGGUGCCAGCGAGUCCCUGGAGGUGACAGUGGUGACUGUGCCGGCCAAGGGGACCAAGAGAAAGGCCAACACCUCAACAGACAUCCCCACUAAGAAACAGAGGGGUGGAAACGGUGACACCAACACUGAUGAACCCACCAAGGCGUCAGUGGAGGAAUUCACAUGGACUGACAAUCAUAAUGAGGCCCUUGCUGAGCAGCUGCCAGCAACGGAGACCCAGAAGACGAGAGGGGAUAUCAGCUGUGAAGUCUCCUCGAGCUCCAGCAGCCCUUCAACCUCCCAACAAAACGUUAGGAGUGCAAUCGACUUAGACACUACCAGCAGAGCUACAUUUGAGGCCGCAUACCUGCAGCUCCACAUGCUUGGAGAAGGAGGCUUCGGUUCAGUUUAUGCUGGAAUAAGAAGAAGUGACGAUUUACCAGUGGCGAUCAAACACAUCCCCAAAGUUGAUGUGGAGUAUGAACCACUGGUUCUUGAUGGAGUGAUACACUUGAUCCCCCUGGAGGUGUACCUCAUGCUCAGAGCGGCAGGUGGACCUGAGUCAUUGGGGAGAUCUGCGGCCGUGACAUUGCUGGACUGGUUUGAUCUGGAACACGAGCUUCUCCUGGUCAUGGAGAGACCAGUUCCCUCUAUGGAUCUGUUAAGCUUUAUUGAAGACAAAGGUCCCCUGAGCGAGGACCAGGCUAAGGACAUCAUGAAACAGCUGGUGGAGGGAGCAAUCCAAAUGCACUCUCUCAAAGUCUUUCAUCGGGACAUUAAAACUGAAAAUGUCCUCGUUGAGACUGGCUCUGAUGUUCCUCGAGUGAGGAUUAUCGAUUUUGGAUGUGGCUGCUUCAUUAAUAACGAACCUCUCCGCAGCUUUUCUGGAACCUCUGCGUUCGUACCUCCAGAGUUCAAAGCGCACGGGGAGUAUGAGGCUGAACCCACCACAGUCUGGCAGCUAGGCGCACUACUUUAUGAAAUUGUGGAUGGACACAAGCAAUUUAGCACCUCCAAGUUCCUCCGCAACAAAAUUAAAUUCAGCCAUACGCUGUCCAAAGACUGCCAUGAUUUUUUGAAUGGAUGUUUAGCUCUAAACCCCAAAGAGCGCGCCACCCUGGAGCAGAUGCGGCUGCACCCCUGGCUUCAUUAA